AUGGGGUGCAAGAAGCAGCAAAACCCAAGCCUCACCGCUGCACCCAGCAGCUCUCCGGCAACCCUAGCCUCCCCCAUCUCCUUCUCCCCUCUGCUCUCUGUUUCUCCCACACCACCAGGCCUGAUCGCCCUUUGCAUCCAUCAAUCUUCUCCACUCUGUCGAGCACCACCCUCCCCGCAGCAGUGCACCAGCGAUCCCAGUAGCCCUCUGCAACCAGCUUCUCCGGCCACCCUCUGUGGCAGUCCUCCUCCAGCCGUUCCAGCCAGCCGAGCUCCUCUGCCUCUCCACGAACCAGCAGCAGAACCACAGCACCCGCAGCCAAGCUCCACAGACCACCAUCAUCUCCGACGAACCAGCGACCUCAAUCUCGAAUCCCUCUCUCCGUUCUCGCCUGUAACUCCGGCAAGACCCCCAGUAGGAGCAACCACCCAGCAGCCCACUCACUCCAGCCACCGUCGCCGUCGCUCGCUCCCGUCGCCGUCGACGUCUCCCGGUGGUACCCCCGUGGAUCUCAGGCCAUCAGUUCCUCACGGUUGUAGUCACAGUGCUCUCCAAGGUGAAAUUUUCAUGUGA